GUAAGAACAAAAAAAUUAAUGAAAUUUCUAGAAAUCAAUGCGGCCUUGCAGUUCUGGCCAUUUAAUUUUGGCCCCCCUUUAGCCUCACAGUUUUGGCCAGUCAAUUUUGACUGGGUCAAACUGUAUUAUCAUGUUUUUUUUAAUUCUUUGAACUCUCGUUAGAAGGACCAUAAGAUAAGAUGGCCGGAUCUAUUCCUUUUGUGGACACAUUUCUUAAGCAUAAAAAGAUUGUACUGUUUGGCAAAAGUUACUCUCCUGAAACUAAUAUAAUCAAAGACUUAUUGAAACAGAAUUACUAUUAUGAAUUAUCGGAUAGAUGGUUCUGUUCAGUUGAUAUUGAGAAAAGACAAGACUGCUCAACUGUGGAGAAUUAUUUGAUGCUUCUGACUGGCUACAACAACCGCCAGGUGCCGCUCCUGUUCGUCAGAGGCAAGGUCAUCGGCAGCUACGACCAAAUACUCCGGCUUCACAAAGACGACCGCCUGAAGAGGCUCUUCACUAGGUUCUCCCUCGAGAGCGACAGUGAUGACGACGACGACGAUGUCAAGGUGUGCCGCAUGAGGCGGCACGAGAUGGUGGUCCGCGUGGAGGAGCUGGACGAGACGGAGGUCGUGGUCAAAGUCGCCGACUGGGUGCAGCUGGACGAGAAGCCCAUCGUGGACUACGACGCCUUCCGGAAGUCAGACAGCACGACCACCGUAUCGUCGGAGCUGAACGAAAUCAAUCGAGCGUCAUUCAUCAACAGGGUUGAGCAGAAGUACAAGCCGUCUGCCAACAAGAAAGCCAAGAGCAUGACAGACGUUGAUCCCGAAUGGGUGUACGUAGGCGGGAAGAAGCAUAAGGAUCCUUCAGGACACAUGGGGUCCUCUACAACCAUGAUUAAGUCGAAACACGUAUUCUCCGUGGGGGAAGUUCCCUUAAAAGAGCAGAUUUUAGAAAAGAGCAAAAACAAAUAGGGACAGCUAGUCGUUGGUCGAGGGAAAAAAAACAACAUAGUGAUUAAUGAUUAUAACGUAAUAUCAAACAAUAUUAGACAUAGGAUCGAUUUAAGUAUAGUCGGGCUAAUUAUUCAGAUUUGUGUAACUCUUGGAAGAAGUAUUAAUGUUUACAAAAAUAAACUAUGUAAAUAUAAUAACUAUUUUAUAAAGUAAAUAAUUCUUUUGUUGAUACUUUAUAUAUCUAUCUGUAUGACAAAAUAAAUCUGAAGUGGUUAAAAAAAAACAGUA